GCUGUGCAGCUUCUUUGUAUUAUAGAGAGUCAAGAGCCUGAGCUGGCUCAUUGCUUUCAGAUAACAUAUACUCCCAAUCCAUCUCUCAGCCCUCUUCACGACGAAAACUGUAGUGUACAUUCUUCAUACUUCAAACGAUGUUAAGGUCACUCUGUUCAGGCCAAAGCUGGCACUACCUCCGUUGACUUAUAAAGCUACGCCCUUUCGUGGUAAAGCCUCCUUAAAUUUCCACCUCUCUAUCCACUACCAUAUCAACUUCUACAGUUUACACUUGAUCUACUCAAUCCAGGUCGACUGAUCACACAACUCCCGUUCCAGCUAAGCCUAUAUCCACCAAUGCCUCCCAUUCAGAACACUAGCGUACACCCCACAAUCUCCUCGCGGUCUCGUCUCUUCUCCUCUGAUUCCAGGUGGGACCUGGGAGAGAUCGCGAUCAUCGUACCUUCGUCAAUAGUUUUUGUGCUAAUGUGUGCAUACUUCCUGAAGCGCUGGUGGCAGAAGAGAAAGAAUAACAGUAAGGAUGAGGCUAUCAGCUGAGCGUCUGCGACGUGUGAUGCGAUAGUUGUGCUUUGAUUGUCUAGGCAAACUUGUUACGGUCGGCGGGUCUUUGUCUGUUUCUUGGUUGGAUCAUUAGUUCUGCUAUGCAUUUUACGUUGUUUACACAAUCAAUCGCACUGUCGGAAUCUUUCUUCUAUUAGCGUGGUUUCGCAGGCAGCUGGAGUCUGUCCAUUAUACGAAUGCUCUGAGUCUCCAGAUGUGGGAACUAGGAGAUGUUGCAAAUUGGAAGGCU